CGAGUCACGUUGGUGUUCAGAUUGUUCCGGGAGCCCCCAAACGCUGUGCCCACACACAUUUACCGCGUGUCCGCGUGAGAAAUCUUCGACUGAGAUUUUCUUUUAUAUACUUUUUUGCUGCUACUGCUUCCUUUUGCCAAAAAGGAAGAGCCCACCCAAGUGUGGUGGAUUCUUUUGCGUGUGGAUGACGCGAAAAUUUAUUGUCUCUGCCAUCGAAGAAUUGAUGAUUUGUGCUUCUGUGUCUCUUGCAAGUGUUACAGGAUUCUUUCGUAUAUACGAGGCCUCCCUCCAGUCGACGUGACUGUGCUUUCAUCCCUUCGACUAGCCCAGGGAGGAGUGUUGGUGAUUGUGCAAGAAAAAAAGGGAAGAAUCAUCGAUUGAAGAGUGGCAAAAGAUUUUCUUCUUUUUUUUUUGGUGAAGUGUGUCCCAAUCACAUUUUUUGACACUUUUCUUUCCAUCGCACAUCAAACACCCUUUUGUAGGGAAUUUUCUUCGUCAACUUCUCCCGCGAGGAGGGGACCUUUUUUUUCCUUGGCAAGGCCGUGAAGAGGGAUUCCUCGGACGUGGAGAAAUCAUCCAUCCUUGGACCACCCUCAUCCACCCACAUUCAUUCCACAUAAACCCCAUGUCGAUUAGAAUAUAUUAGCAAAGGCACAUACAACCCAAGAAGGGAGGACACGCACACAAAAGGUAUCCCCUUUUCAGGGGGGAAGGGGAAGCGGGUGAAGCUUGAUAUCCGCACCAGUACCUCAUAUCCGGUGGUGGAUUUGGUGAAAGACAGAAUUAUCCACCCUCACGUCUGAGGGAGGAUUUUUGCAGUGAGUUUUGUGCCAAAAAAAAAAAUUGUGAAUAUUUUCUAUGAGAGCCAUAAAUGAAAAAUGUUUCCAAUGUCCCCCAAAGCUUCCUAGCCAGAUGUGAUUGGCAUUUUUCCCAAAACAACAAAAAAGUGCUCCAUAUCACGAUAAAUUGAUUUUUUUCUGGCACUGUGUGAGGAACACACUAAAUCUUGAUCACACAGUCCCACUGUCUCUCUGUGCUCAAUCAUUCAUGAAGCAAACAUUUUGAAAUUCCCAAAAGCGACAAGAGAUUCCAUCCGGAAGUGCUCCGUAGUACCGCAUAUGUAGUUUAGAUAAGCCACACACACCACAGCUAUAUACAGUGUGGGUGAUUAAAACUUCCGAAACAGGCAAAAAUUUUUUUUUUAAUUGUGAAAACUGAAAUAAAAAAAAACAAACAGUGUGUUUAGGGACUUUAAGUGCACGUGGUAUAGAUUUUUCCGAAGAUUUUCCUCGAGAGAACACAUAACACACCUAUUGUGGAUAUUUGAGGAAAUUUUUCAAAGGAGGUAAGGCAUCAAAGCAAUUUAAUGAAUGACUAGAAGUAGAAAACGUCCAGAUGCUGAAUUGGAUCUCGUCGUGUGUUUUGUCUACACAGUAAGAUGCUGCGUAGAGAGUCAUUGUAGGGGAUAAAAAAAACAUCAGGAAAAUUGUGGAAAAGGAAAGGCUAGCACACAACUCGGAUGCUUGAAAGAGGAAGAAUUCUGAUUCUUGAGCACCUUGGAACACCUAAAGGAGGUGGUUAAGAAUGAUUCUGAGAUGAUUAGAGACGUGGUCAGGUAUGAAGUACACAAGAGAGUGCUGGCCUGGCAGCAGGCAUCGCAUAUCCUGAAUGCAUCGUCACCGUAACGUGAGAGAAAAGCUAAGUGGGAAUGGACCCGGCUCACCUGGCCACCCCAAUUGUCUUGAUCAUCAUCCUCAGCUUUGGUGGCACGGCCGUGGGUGAUUGUCCGCACGUGUGUGAGUGCAAAUGGAAGAGUGGCAAAGAGUCCGUGUCGUGCAUCAAUGCCAAUCUCACGUUUGUCCCAUCGAAGCUGGAUGCUGGGACGCAAGUGUUGGAUCUCACGGGCAAUGAGAUUGCCACACUGGAACGUGAUGCCUUCAGUCGGGUCAAUUUGCUCAAUUUGCAGCGGCUAUUUGUGGUGAGGUGCCGGCUCAAGGUGCUCGAUCGGUAUGCCUUUAGGGACCUCAGUAAUCUCGUUGAGCUGGAUCUCAGCCACAAUUCCCUGUCGGCUGUCCCCUCGCACGCCUUCAGUGCAAUCCCCGAGCUGCGUGAGCUGAAACUCAAUGGGAAUCCCAUUCAGAGGAUAGCACCAGAUGCCUUUGGGCCUCUGUCGCAGCUGGUGCGGCUUGAGCUUUCAGACUGCCGCAUUACAGCAAUUGAUCAUAGAGCUUUUGCCAGCCUCGAAACAACCCUUGAGUGGCUACACUUGGAUGGCAAUAGGCUGGCCGAGGUGAAAGCCACCUCUCUGACAGCCCUGUACAAUUUGCACGGCUUGGAAUUGAGUAGAAACAUGUGGAAUUGCUCGUGCUCCCUCAGACCGUUGCGUGAGUGGAUGCUACGUCAGAAAAUCCCCUCAGCCGUUGUGCCUCUCUGCCGCAAUCCACCACGUGUGGCCGGGAAAUCCUGGGAUCGCCUGGAUUUGGAUGACUUCGCGUGCGUUCCCCACAUCCUGGCCACGCGGAUAAGCGGAGACGCCAUUGAGGGCCGGAAUAUCACAAUGAGUUGCUACGUGGGUGGCAUCCCUGAGCCAAGUGUCAAGUGGAUCCUACGGAAUCGUAUUCUAGGAAAUAUCACAAGCGGCCUCGCACUGGGACCCUCAACUGCGCGACGUUCGUACAUCGUUCAAGCCCGUAGGAAUGCCAGCAAUCUCACAAUAAUGGCUACUGAGACUCAAGACGCCGGCACGUACAUUUGCGCGGCUGAAAAUAAAGCCGGCCGCGCUGAAUCAUCAGUCACACUAACUGUUGCCCGCCGGCCGCCGGAGAAUACGCUUUCGGGACGAAUUCUCCUUGCUAGCGUUGUUGUGGCUGUUCUCUUUGUGAUCUUUUCCCUUCUGGUAGCUGUCUGCUUGUUUGCAAUACGGCGCAAUAGGAAACUUAAAUCCUGGACGCAUCAUUCGGCCGCCCGCCGCGAGAGCUACGAAAAAAUAGAGAUGAAAGCCAAAACAACGGGUGCAGGGCUGAAUGAGCACAAAAGUCCACGUGCAGAGACGCUAAAUAUGAUGGCGGCUAAGCUGACGGGGGCUGAGAAUGGAAUUGCAUUUGUGGGUACAGCGGCUACGGCUCCCCGGCGGCAUGGAGAGUACCGAAACGUACCGAGUGAGGACGACGGCACGGGGUACGAGGACAAUUGUGACAUCAACCCGCCGCGGAGGGAGAUGGCGCCAAAAUGGAAAUUACUUUCGAGUCAGCCGCCAAUUGAGGCGCCGCCAUCAAUUGCCAACACCUUCGCGGCGGCUGGCUGUGCGGCGGAUGACGCCGAUUUGCACAUACCAAGAAUUGACUGUCGGAAUGAUGGCCAAUUUUCCGGCGCCACGAGUGCCGCCGCGGGCUCCGCUGGGACUCACAUGCCCUUUGGGAAGGUCACAGUGGGGGGUAGCUUUAAACCAACAUGGUCUCAGCAUGUGAUGAAGAAGCAAAUGAUGGGGCAGACGAUGUACCCAGAUGCCCAGCAUCGACGUAGCCCAUCAGGAGCUGAGGAUACGGACGUGGAGAAGGGCUAUCCGGACCUGCUGGAGAUAACACGCUCCAAGAGCCCAGCCACUGCAACCACCAGCAACUUCUGCACGCUGCCACGGAAGCGGAUGGGUGGCAAUGCGAAGUAUUUCCCACGCAAUGCCUCAACGGAUAGUCAAUCACCCCUCCUGCCUGAAUGCCCAAGUAGGUAUGGGAGUGAGAAUCUCGAUGAUGCCACUGUGAUGUCCGGCAGUAGGAGACUCUCGGCGGAGUCGCAGCAACUCGGUGGGAAGUAUGCGCAGCAGCGAUCCAACAGCUUCCUCAGCCUCGUCUCACCCGGCACGGCAAAGCACUAUCCCAGCUUACCCACAUCCCCGGCCAAGGAGGCGAAACGUCUUCUUUCCCCCGUGGCUACACCCCUUCUGGAUUUUUCCGCUCUCCCUGCACGAAGUCCCCUUGUCCAGACACCCUCAUCCUCCUCCACGGCCGCCACAUCGUGCGCCUAUGACUACCAUGCAGCACAGUUGGAGCGUUUCCUGGAGGAGUACAGGAGUCUCCAGGAGCAGCUGUGCAAGAUGAAGGAGACCUGUGAGACAAUUCGUCGCAAGGAGAUGCCCCCAAAGGCGGGUGCUGCAAAACUAGCCGACCCACUCAUGUACAACGCCGCUGUGUUGCAUCAGAAUCCCCCGACGAGUCUCCUUGGCGAUGAAGCCACCACAAAGGGGAUCCUCAAAAAUAAAUCCCUCCUCCCGGGUCAACCACCUGAGCCACCCCCGUACUGGCUACACCGCAAUGCCCUCCUCAAGAAGCUCAACGAUCCCAAUGCUGAGCAGCAUCCCUUCAAGAGCUGAACGCCCCCUCAAUGGCACGAUGGCUUCAGCUAGAGGGGCGGUAAACUAACAUAGAUAAAUCUACCCUGUCCUCCCUUUCCCCCAAACUUUCUCCCUGAUAGCGGUCGUUUUAGGUAUUUUAUAUCCCAGUGUAUUAUGUACUUAAUUGUCACUCUUGUUCAGGAUGGUGGGAAUCACAUUCAUCAGGCAUCAAUCAUUGAAAGGUAAGUGGGGAGUAUUCUUAUUAAAAUGAAUUAAAAAUUUUUAUUUUGAGGCAGGAAUUUAAAUUGAAAAAAUUAAUAAAAAUUGUUGCAUUUACCUUCCCGUUUUUGUAAUAGGAGCUUAUUCAUUUUUGAGAUACUAAUGAAGGAAAUAAAAUUUAAUUAAUUAUAGAUAUCAGUUUAAAAACAUUUUUGAAAAUAAUAUUUAACGAUUUUUUGGUUAAGUUAAUACGUAAGGGGUAUUUAUUUGAAUAAAAGUCUACAGAUUUUCGGAUAAUUCGCCAAUCUUCUGUUCAUUCGCCAAGAUUCAGAUUUUUCGACAAGAUUUGAAUAAUUCGCAAAGAUUCGGAUAAUUCGUAGAGAUUCGGAUUUUUCGUUAAUCUUCAAAUUAUUCGACAAGAUUCGGAUAAUUAGCAGAGAUUCGGAUUAUUCGCCAACAUUCGGAUAAUUAGCAGAGAUUCGGAUUAUUCGCCAAGAUUCGGAUAAUUAGCUGAGAUUCGGAUAAUUCGUUAAUCUUCGGUUUAUUUGCUAAUCUUCGUAUUAUUCACCUAUCUUCCGAUAAUUCGUCAAGAUACAGACAAGUUGUCAAUUUUCCAGUUUUUUCGACAAGAUUCGGAAUAUUUGCAACUCUUCGGAUAAUUCGCCAAACUUCUGUUCAUUCAGAUUAUUCGACAAUAUUUGAAUAAUUCGCAAAGAUUUGAACAAUUCGCAAAGAUUCGGAUAAUUUUUAAAGAUUCGGAAAAUUUGCCAAUCUUGUGUUUGUUCGCCAAGAUUCGAAUAAUUCGUUGAUCUUUGGAUUAUUUGCUAAUCUUGGCAUUAUUCGUCAAUUUUCGGAUUAUACGCGAAGAUUUGAAUUAUUCACCGAAAAAACCAAAAGAUUCGGCUGAUAUUUAAUAAAAAUCUUCGGAUUUUCGGAAAUCUUUGGACGAUUCCCCAAGAUUCGGAUAAUUAUCUGAGAUUCGAAUAAUUCGUUAAUCUUCGGUUUAUUCGUUAAUCCUCACAUUAUUCGACAAGAUUCGGAUUAUUCGACAAGAUUCGGAAUAUUUUUCAAACUUUAGUUGAUUCGUUAAUCUUCGGAUGAUUCGCCGAAAUUCGAUAAAUUCGUCAACAUAAACCAAAAGAUUCGCCAGAUAAACACCCCUCGAUGAUAAUUACUUAUUGUUACUAAAUGUUUAAUUAAUUACAAUAUCAAUAAAGACAAAUUGACCCUUUAAUAAGAAUACUCUCCACAAACUUUUCUCCAAGAGAAAAAAAUCCAACAUUUUUCAUUUAGCUUGUAAACUUUCAAAACUUAUUCAGAGAAUUGAAUGCAAUUUAUAAGAGAAAUGUAUGCAAAAGAAAACUUUUAGUUCUUUUUGUACACGUAAUUUUAAGGAAGAAUAAAGAGAAGAUAUUUAAGGAAGAGGAACAUUUUUCAGCAAUUUAUGUAUAUUCACAUGAAGAAAAAAAAACAUUUAAAAUUUAAAUGGACGGGACGUGUUUCCGAGGAACUUUAUGCAAGAAAAUGAUAUAUCAUGUAUAAAAAUUAAGGUAUAAAUUUUAGGCUGAUAAGGACACGAUGCAGAUGUCGCUGUGUAGGUGAGAGAACAAUGUGUUUUGGCGGAAAUGAGAAUUGAAUUAAUUUCAAGAGAAUAAUGAAGAAAACGUAUAAGUAAUUGUCUUGAAUAACGUUGUUAAUAAACCAUGAGAAAGUGAGAAUGAAAAUAAA